AUUUGUGAACCUGUGACAAGUCAGGAAUCAAAAGACUAGUAAAGAGUAGAUUGUGAUCGUUCAUUACGGGGCUGAACUAUCUAGGGACCUCUACAGGGCCAGAAGAAGAUGGACGCUCCGACUUUGACUCGAUUUGUUGGAGAGCUCAAUGAAGCCAGCGGGAAGAAUCAAACGGAGGACGUAGUGAGGAUCUUACAGAAAUUACAAGCAGAGGUUAUCCCCUCGGAGGAGUUACUCAAGGCAUCAAAAGCCGGUAUUGCAGUUGGUAAACUUCGUUCCGUUCCCUCACCGGGAGUCGCGAAUCUUGCUAAGGAUCUGGUCAAGAAAUGGAAAGAGGUGAUCGAGGAGAACAAACGGAAGAGGAAACGAGAGGAAGGGGAUGGGGUGAAAGAGGAAGCAGGGAAGAAGGUCAAGGCAGAACCCUCCACAUCCGCAAUAGUAUCCUCCAAUGGCACCCCGGCAGCCAUGUCUCCCGAUCGAAAACCUGAAAUCAAGGACAUCAAGCCAAAAGUCGAGCAACCGAACUCUGGAGCUUCUUCCUCGUCUCCUCCUAAACGACCACCUUUGUCUACGAUUGAUUCGUCCCGGACCACACCCCGAGAUUCAAAGUCUGACGGAGUCGCCGGGACUCUCAAAGCGGAAGCUGAGACUGGAGGGGACGAAUCUGUACGGGACAAAUGUGUGGAGAUGAUAUAUAAUGCUUUGGCAGGAGAUAGUACAGCGGAACGUAGUGUAGCCAUAGAAGCAGCCGUCUUCAAACAACAGAAAUCUCAAUCUGGAAAUGAAUAUCGAGCUAAGAUGCGUUCUUUGUUUCUGAAUCUGAAAGACAAGGGUAAUCCUGGUUUGCGAAAUGAAAUUGUGUUGGGAUAUUUGACAGCGGAAAAGUUGGCGUCGUUGAGUAAAGAGGACAUGGCGUCGGAGAGUAUCAGAGCGAUGAAUGAGAAAAUUGCCAAUGACAACCUGUUCAAAGCGAAAGCCGUGGGCGAAACACAAGCGGAGACGGAUGCGUUUAAAUGUGGCCGAUGUCAACAGCGUAAAUGCACGUAUUAUCAAAUGCAAACUCGCAGUGCUGAUGAACCUAUGACAAACUGUGGCAAUCGAUGGAAGUUUAGUUAA